AUGCCUUCAACUGUGGCCAACCCCAUUGUGUUUGACAUUGCUGUUGACGGCGAGCCCUUGGACUCUGUCUCCUUUGAGCUGUUUGCAGACAAAGUUCCAAAGACAGCAGAAAACUUUCAUGCUUUGAGCACUGGAAAUAAAGGAUUUGGUUAUAAAGGUUCCUGCUUUCACAGAAUUAUUCCAGGAAUUAUUCCAGGGUUUAUGUGCCCGGGUGGUGACUUCACAUGCCAUAAUGGUACCAGCAGCAAGUUAGUCUAUGGUGACAAAUUCGAUGAUGAGUACUUCAUCCUAAAACAUAUAGGUCCUGGCAUCUUGUCCAUUGCAAAUGCUGGAUCCAACACAAAUAGUUCUCAGUUUUUCAUCUACACUGCCAAGACUGAGUGGUUAGAUGUGGUCUUUGGCAAAGUGAAAGAGGGCAUGAAUAUCAUGGAAGCCAUGGAGCACUUUAGGUCCAAGAAUGGCAAGACCAUCAAGAAGAUCACCAUUGCUUAUUAUGGACAACUCUAA